AUGAACUUAUCAAAUGGGUUAAAGCCUUACGUUCUCAACAAAAAACUAAGCAAUCGUCACCGCACAACAGUAGCGCAAAGGUUACCAGAAGAUUUGUUAGAAAAACAACAAGAAUUUUUAAACUUUGUACUUUAUCAUUGUAUUCAACAUGAUUAUCCUUUGAGCUUGAUUGGAAACAUGGAUGAGACACCAUUAUCAUUUGAUAUAUCAAGCAAUACAACAAUUGAAGAAACAAAUGCAAGUACAGUUAGUAUAAGAACUACAGGUCAUGAAAAAUCAAAUUUUACAGUAGUACUUUCUUGUAUGGCAGAUAGUACAAAAUUACCACCAUUGAUAAUUUUUAAAUUAGUAAAUGUGCCAAUACAAAAUUUUCCAUCUGGAGUUAUGAUCUGUGCAAAUUAUUUAUUUUGUGGUCAUUUAACAGAUUCGGUAAAAUUAAGAUUUGAUGAAAAAAAUACAAACUUGGCAGUUAUCCCAGGUGGUCUUACAAGUAAAUUGCAACCACUUGAUGUUUCUAUCAAUAAAUCUUUUAAAUCCAAGUAUUGCCAAUGUUAUAAUGAUUGGAUGGCUGAAGAAAUCAAGAAACUUAUACCAACUGGUCAAAUACAACGUCCUGCAUAUAAUUUAGAAGCUGAAUGGGUGUUAACUUCGUGGAACCAAAUUGACAAAAUUCUUAUACAACGUGCAUUUAAAUGCUGUGGUAUUUCAAAUGCACGAGAUGGAAGUGAAGAUAAAUAUAUUUUUGAUUAUAAUUGGGUAAUUCUGAAAAUGAUAAUGAAAAAUAAUGAUGAAAAUAGUGAUAAAAAUAGUGAAAUAAGUGAAAAUGACAAUGAAGUUAGUGAAGAAGAUAUUGAAGUAGAUAAAGAAAUUGAUGAAGGUAUUGAAGUUGAAAAUAAUAACGAAACAAUUGAUUUAACUCAUGAUUCUAAUGAUA